AUGUCUCUUCAACCAAAAUUCGCGGGUCUUAAGAUGGCUGGUGCAGCAGAGGCCCGCCAUACUCUUGAGAUAUGUAUGUUUACCAUGGAGCUACUACGGGAAAAACACUCUACUCACCAAAUUACCCAGUUCUCUGCCAAAUUGUUCAAAACGUUUUACGGCCAAGUCCUCCCCUCACUCCCCGAGGCCGCCUCAUCACGCCUCACGGUGAUAUUCCGCCCACAAAUACAGCCAUGGCACCCGUCCUCUACUCUUGCGAUUGAGGCAGCACUGGCUGUUCUCAAGCUGGCACCUACAAAGUUCCAGCAAUUUAGCGCUGCUCUGUUUGAGCAUCAAAAGGAGUACUUUGAUGCCAAUGUGGUUAACGAGACGAGGAACCAGACUUACGAACGGCUAGCUAAGCUCGCUAGUAAGGAAGUGGGCGUUGACGAGGAGGCUGUUAUGGGGUUGUUGCGUAUAUCAGAUAAGCCCGGUGCGGGCGGGGAUCUGAAUGGUGGGAAUGGCGUGACGGCGGAUGUGAAGAUCAUGACAAAGGGCUGGCGCAAGGGUAUCGAGGAAAGAAGCAUCAGUAGCAGCUUCACGAAGGACCAAUGGCUCGAAUGGGUGGAGAAGAACGUUGUUUGA